AUGCUAAAACGAUUAGGAUUUUUAUGCAUGAAAAUGCAUUCCAAUUUGGAAUAUUCAUUACAACCAUCAAUUUCGUUGUUGCAAAUUUCUCAAAGGUAUCGUGGAACAUUGUAUCCUGGUACCAAUAUUUCGGUUGAAGAAGCUUGGAAACGACGAAUACAACUUCGACAACCAAAACUACAAUGUGAUGAAGAGGUACAACCAAAAUUGUAUUAUGCACCUGAGUGGGAUUUGGAGAAAAGACAUGAUGGUGAAGAAGGUGAAGCACAUCCUAUGAUUGGUCAGGAUGUAAUGACCCCUGAAAAAUGGAACUACUAUAAUAAAGUUGUUUGGCCACCAAAUUAUGUUAGUCCUGAAACCGGUUUGCCACUUCUGCGGCAAGUUUACUACUGUCGUGAAUCAGUCCAUUGUAGUCCCAAAAGAAUGUUUAUGGCUUGUCAUUUAGUUUGGCGUUUGAAUGUUGAUGAAGCAUUGGAGCAAUUAAAAUUACAACGUAAAAAGGCAUGCAUGAUUUUAAGGCAAGUUCUUACUGAAGCAAAAAAGAAGGCAUCGGAAGAAUUUCACGUUGAAUUUCCAUCAGAUAUGCAUGUUGCGGAAGCAUUCCCAAUUCAAUGUCAAAUUGUCAAAGGUUAUAGACGCCAUGCACGUGAACGUAUUACUGUCACGAGAUAUCGAUAUAUCAAUAUUUUCGUAAGACUCGAGGAAGGUGAUGGACCACCAAUGACAAAGAGAUGGGAGCCGAAGAACGAUCAUUUCAGAAUAGUACUUGGAGUUGAUAAGGAGUCAAAAAUGGUAGAUGGAAUUGUUGAAGAGCAAGAAAUAGAUGACAUAGAUAUAGUUGAGACGAGUAUUAGCUUAGAAAAAGAAGCAAAUGAAAGGAAACGACGGCUUAGAGAAAUGCGUGAACGAAUGCAACAAGGAGGUGAUGGGUCAGAGUCUGGACCAUCAGAUAAAUCGUUAAAGCUUACAUUUCGAAGUUAUGAGCCACAAAGUAAUUUGGGUGAUAAACGUGAUGAUGUGGAUUUAUUUGCUGUCGAGAAGGAGAUUGCUGAUCAGUUAGCAGAUACCCAAGAUACUAGAGCUGUGGAACAAAUUGAUAUUACGACGUUGGCACCACGAAAGAUUGACUGGGAUCUGAAACGUGAUAUUGCGGAAAAAUUGGAAAAAUUAGAAAGACGAACAGAACGUGCGAUGGCGCAGUUAAUUCGUGAACGGCUGAAAGCUGGUAAGACGGAAUUGGUUGAUGCUGUUAAUUCGGGUGCUUACAGUGAAUUACAACCUGAUGACUGA